CAUGCAUAUAAAAUAAGGGCAGAUCAAGUGGUGACAUUUAUGUGAGGAACCUGGUAUCAUUGUUGCUAAAAGUGUCAUAUUUGGCCGAAUGUAAAUCUUGACUGGGAUAACCACAACUAAAGAAGACCAGCGAAAGCCUGCAGGAUUCUCCGAUUCUGGGCAAAUCUGCGCUUGAAGUGAAGCAUUAGGCCCUAGUACUAGCCUAAUACUCGUACAGAUAGGCCUUCGGUGCGCUUCACUUUAUGUGAGUGCUCCUUUGCGUUCAGCUGACACAUCACAAACAAGACACGCAGUACCUAUUUGCAGUCACAUCAUGUCACAGCUCGCUCUGGUUGCCCUGUUGGGAGUCAUCGGCCAUGCUCUGUCUGCGCAGGGACAGGAGCACAUACCACUCACACUGAACGUGGAGUCAGGUCUGCAAGACGUACCAUGUGGAGGGUUCAGGUAUUUCUCCGUGGAGGUGACCGAUCCGUGCAAGGACUUGCGAGUGAUGGUGACCAAGAUUGAGGGAGAGCCCGACGUGUACAUUGGCCGGGGUAACAACAUGUUCCCCACUGACAACACCUUGGCCUGGAGUUCCUAUGAAUGGGGCUCAGAGAACCUCACCGUAUCCAGUUGGGACCCAGAAUUUGAAGUGGGCACGUUCUACAUUGGCGUUCACGCCUACUGUGGGAUCGACGUUCACACAGGCAACACCUCAUCUAAGGUUAAAGUUCUUGCAGAGAGUUUGGCAACCAGCCACAUGCACCCAGAGAUCACCGCUGGCUCACCCAUCAGAGAUGGGAGGGUUGAUGCCCAGGGCUACAACUAUUACCGCUUUUGUCUGCCACACAAAUGCGCCAAUGUGGAGGUCAAGCUGGAGAACUGCCUCAGUGGAGCAGACUGCCCGGACUCCUACGGGUACCCGGAACUCCUGGUAUCGCGGUCCAUCGUCCGGCCAUCCAUCAACGACCACUCUUGGAAGCUGGCCACUGUGACUCGUCGCAGCGUCUACCUACGUCACGACGACCCCGACGUCAAGCCCGGCCACUACUUCGUGGGCGUGUACGGCUGGUGCACGCCCGACGAAAAUUGCCCCGACAAGAGCACGUGUGGGCCCUGUGAGUAUGUCGCCAACAUGGCCUACAGUGUAUCCAUCAUCAUGACGGAUGUCGCUGACUGCAAUCCUAACCCAGAAAAGCGUAACGCUCUGUCUGUGGAGGGACAGAAGCAUGUACCGCUCACAUUGAAUGUUGAGUCGGGGCUUUACGAAGUCCCAUGUGGAGAAUUCAGGUAUUUCUCCGUGGAGGUGACCGAUCCAUGCAAAGACUUGCGAGUGAGGAUUCAAGCUAUUCAAGGAGAGCCAGAUUUGUACAUCUCCAGGGGAAACGACAAGUUCCCCACCGACAAGAGCUUGACGUGGACUUCUUACAACUGGGGUUCAGAGGACCUCACCGUAUCGAGUUGGGACCCGGAGUUUGAAGUGGGCCCCUUCUACAUUGGUGUUCACGCCUACUGUGGAAGUGACGUAGGAACAGGCCAUACACCAUCUAAAUUUACGAUUCUUGCCGAGAGCGUGCCGACCAGCCACCCACAUGAUGAGAUCACCGUGAACUCGCCGAUCAGAGACGGGAGGGUCGUUGCCCAGGGCUACAACUAUUACCGCUUUUGUCUGCCACAGAAAUGCGCCAAUGUGGAGGUCAAGCUGGAGAACUGCCUCAGUGGGGCAGACUGCCCGGACUCCUACGGGUACCCGGAACUCCUGGUGUCGCGGUCCAUCGUCCAGCCAUCCAUCAACGACCACUCUUGGAAGCUGGCCUCCAUCUACCGUCGCAGCGUCUACCUACGUCACGACGACCCCGACGUCAAGCCCGGCCACUACUACGUGGGCGUGUACGGCUGGUGCACGCCCGACGAACACUGCCCGGAUAAGAACAGCUGCGGCCCGUGUGAGUACGUCCCCAACAUGACCUACAACGUGUCUCUCAUCCUGACUGACGUUGCUGACUGCCACCCCACUGCAGGAAAUACAGCAACCAUCUCGAUGUCAUCCUUCGUUGCUGUUCAGUUCAGCGGUUUCGUCAUGAACUGCUCCUUUAGUUUUAGCUUUGGGAGUAAUGAUAACAAUUGAUUGAUGCAUCAAAUUGUUUGAAGCUUCUGUUAAAGGUAUUAAGCAGAUGGUUUCAGAAGUAAAAUGCUACAUCCCUUUCCCGAAAUGUGUUGCAUCUUAUUCAUCAACUACAUUGGCCGCCCACUGAAUUCCACAUUCUAUUCAAAUUGCUUCUGCAUAUGUAGGCUACAAAUCCACACAUAGAGUGGCUCCUCCUUGUCUGACCGAUUUACUCAUCCUAUAUCAAUCAGGUAGGAUAGGGCUUAUAGUCACUAACCGAUAAUUCCCUACACGUAGACAUACUAAAACCACACGUGACAAACCAUUCUUGAUUGCUGGUCCAAGGGAGUGUAACAAGUUCCCCUAACAAAUACAACUCUCAGCGUCAGUGCCUAUUUUCAAGAAAUCGCUCAAAAUUUAUCUUUUCGUGAAAUUGGCUUUAGCUCAUGCGCUCGUCUUAUUAACUGCUGCCAUUAGUUGUUUCUAUCCUCCUUUUGUUUGGAAAAAUGCAUCAUUUCGUAGCAUAUUAGGAGUUUAUCAUACUGUGAGAUUCUAAUAAUUCUUAAACAUAAAACGACGCAAAAGUUAUUGUACAAGUUUUGUUGCCCACUUUGGGCUGUUGGGCUUGUUUUUCGACAGCGAGGGUUAUGUUACAAAUGGCAAGUGGUGGCUAUGAUCUGACACAAGGUGGCGCUGUUAACGGCAGCCUGUUGCGACCAACAUCCACGACUGCUUGCCACACGUCUGCCAAAAACCCAAGAGCGACUGCUUCUAGAACGACGAAUCGUGGCCGAGAUGGGAAACAUGAACAACCAUGAACCAAUAAAAAUAUUUCAUGUAGAGCAUUAGUGUUUUUGGGUGUCAAUGGAGAUUGAAAUAACCAUAAAAGUGAUGUGAAAUAUCGAUGUCCCAGUUUUUCAUUUCCCAAAGGCCAUCCCGUGACGAUGCAAUUAAAAAGUAUUUGGACGUUCA